UUCAGAAAACAUGCGGCCCGUGACUUUUUAAAAUGAUUGUUCCAAUUUGCAGACAUGGAUGUAAAAACAUUCGAAGAUUUGAACCUGAGCCCAGGUACUUUAUCUGGCAUCAAAGAAUUGGGUUUCAAUUCAUUGACACCAGUACAGGCUUCAUGUAUUCCUCUCUUUUUAACCAAAAGGAAAGAUGUUGCUGUCGAAGCAGUUACAGGAAGCGGAAAAACCUUGGCUUUCCUCAUUCCUAUGUUCGAAAUUCUGUUAAAAAGAGCUCCAUUUAGAAAAAAUGAUGUAGCAGCUAUAAUAAUCUCACCAACAAGAGAGUUGGCUAGUCAAACUGCAGAAAUAGUUGAUUUAUUUUUGAAACACAUCCCACAGUUUACAAGCAUUCUAUUGAUUGGAGGAUCUCCAGUCUCAGUUGACAUUGCUCAGAUUAUGGAAAAGGGUGCUAAUAUUAUGAUUGCCACACCUGGACGCUUAGCUGAUAUGUUCAAUCACACCACAACUCUAAAACUCUCUGCAUGUGUCAAAGCAUUGGAAGUAUUGAUCCUUGAUGAAGCAGAUAAGCUUUUAGCCAUGGGCUUCGAAAGAACCUUAAAUUCCAUCUUGUGUUACCUUCCAAAGCAAAGACAAACUGGAUUGUUUUCUGCUACUCAGACAAAAGAGAUGGAAGACCUCAUGAGAGCUGGAUUGCGUAAUCCUGUUUGCAUUUCUGUGAAGGAAAAAGACUCGGCUUCUGAGUCCUCUCAAAAAACACCUUCUACUUUAUCUAACUUUUUCAUGGUUUGUGAAGCUGACAUGAAGUUGAGUAUUCUGCUGCAAUUUCUGAAGUCCAAAAGCAAUGAAAAAUGUAUGGUAUUUUUCAGUACAUGUGCUUCAGUUGACUAUUUUUCUUACGUCUUGAAAGAAUUAAUCAAGAACAUUCCUCUGAUAAGCAUUCAUGGAAAAAUGAAGAAAAACAGAGAAAAGAUAUUUUCAAAUUUUAAAACUUAUGAAUGUGGCAUUUUGCUCUGCACAGAUGUAAUGGCACGUGGUGUGGAUAUACCAGAUGUUCACUGGGUGAUACAGUUUGAUCCCCCAAGUUGUGCGAGUUCUUUCGUUCACCGCUGUGGGAGAACAGCAAGAAUCGGGAAGACAGGAAAUGCACUUGUUAUGUUGUUACCCAAUGAAGAAACCUUUGUAAAUUUUUUAGAUGUUAAUCAGAAAGUAAAAUUGGAAGAGAUGAAUGCUCCUCUGGCACCAGAUAUUAUACCAAAAGUAAAGAAUAUGGCCAUGAAAAAUAGAGCAAUCUAUGAGAAAGGAAUUCGAGCUUUUGUUUCGUACAUUCGUUUCUACACCAAGCAUGAAUGUGAUUUAUUGUUUCGAGUCAAAGACUUAGAUCUUGGGAAGCUGGCAAAUGGCUAUGCUCUUUUGAAACUUCCUAAAAUGCCAGAGCUUAAAAAUAAAAAACUGACGAACUUUGAACCCAUAGAGAUGAAUUUUGAAGAAAUACCUUUUAAGGAUAAAAACAGAGAAAAACAACGAAAGAAAAAAUUACUCGAGGAAACCCCGAGGAAAUCUGGACUCUCAGAGAAGAGGGAAAAGUAUCUGAAAGCCAAAAAGCUUGCCGCAAAGAAAGCCCUUGCAAAGAAAAGGAAGAAAAGAAAAGCAAUGGCAGAUACACCGGAAGAUCUUGAGGACCUGGCCAGGGAUGCAAGGCUGUUAAAGAAAUUCAAGAAGGGAAAGAUAAGUAAAGAAACAUUUGAUGCUGAAUUUGCUGCUGAUUUGAAUGAAGAUUUUAAUGAAGUGUAAAUAAAUUAUUUUAUAACAUUC